AUGGAAGUGUCCAAGCUAGCGACAUCAUUCGAAGAGAGCGACACGCCUUCCAACCGCUCCCUCACGCGCCAGCCUGCCCUGAUCAGUAUCCCUCCAGGCAUCGAACUUCCCGGUGUCGGAAUGCUCGAGCAUAUCUCUCGCAGUUCUGAGAUUGCUUCUGCGCCCCUUUCUCUUCUUGAACCCCUUAGGCUGGAGUCAAUCUCUGCUAUUGCGGUGCUCAUUGGACUGUUGUUCUAG